AUGUCAGAUGCAGACGCGUUAGCACGCAAAGAUCUGGGUGAUUACUUUCAUCAAGCUGUGCUGGAUAAUCCUGAUGUCAUGGCUGAAUGUCUCUCCAUCCUUCGGAUGUACAACCUGACUCCCGCCGACCUUUUCUUCAAGUACGAAGCGUUCCUGAUGUCACGUCCUUCUGGCUUACGAGCCAAGCUCAGCAAUCUCUCCCUUGAGACCCUUCGAGAGUUGCGCUCGGAGAUCCAGAGGGAACAACAAGCAAAAGCAGUAGCAGCAAUGGCGGGGCUGCCUAGUGCUGCUUCUGGAAUACAAUCCGAUCAAUCAACCAAAUCGGCGGUAGGGGUGAGGAAAGGUAAAGGUAACAUGGCGGACAUUGGAGGUUUCCUAGAGGGUUUAUCGACGCCUUCAAGACCUACAAAACCUCGCUCAUCGCAUUCCACUAUCCGAUCCUCCACUCAUCCAAAUAAUGAUUCUCCUGCAGGCUCGACGUUCAGUCCGUCAAUAAAAGGUACCAUGGCUACACCCUUGCAGGCCACACCUGCUGGUCCGGCGGCCAGCAGCUACCGCCCUGCGCCUUCGAGACCAUCAAAUGGCGGUCUACUCGAAACACCACUAGGAAGAGGUGAUAACGGUUUAUCCGUACCCUCAAGUCCGACCAGUCCAGCUGGAUCCCCAACACAUAUGACUCCACAACUCACUCAACCCUUCGAGCUUCGUCCCCAACCCCACUCAUUAGUCGAAACGCUCAACCCUCACCUGCCUGAUUCCAAUCAAGGUGUUCCCUCCAGUUCCAGACCAAGGGUCACACUCAGUUCUACGGCCGAUCCAAAACAGUGGAACUACAGAUACAUGUUCGAGAAGAUCUCCCAGCGAAGUGAGGCAUUGGACGACUCGAUAGAUGAUUAUGCGGAGAACAUCAAGGACGCCUAUGGGAUUUCCGAGCUCGGUGAUCCCCAUUUCGCUUCGGAGGAGAGCAUAUACACUGUUGGUCGGAUUCUGUCCCCACCCACCGAUACCUCUAAAGCGACUACCAGCUCUCUAUUUCUCGAAUCCUCUCGAUUGCUUGGAGCAGGGAAACGCAUUGCACUUCGUUUUGCUCCUCCAGGGACCCUCAAAGUUCGAGGUGGUGCACCUGGUGUGAAGGGUUUUGGCCUUUUUCCCGGAUGUUUGGCUUGUGUGAAAGGGCGCAAUGGUGGAGGAGGUGCUUUUGUGGUGGAAGAGGUUCUUUUGCCAGCGCCAAGUGCUUUAGCGCAAAGCUCAGCGUCCGAACUCCUCGACUUCCAACAUGGUGAUAAGCUCAAAGGUCAACCGAUAUCCAUGAUGACAGCUGCUGGUCCUUACACCCUGGAAGACGAUUUAGCCUACGCUCCGCUUUCUGCUUUAGUCGAGGUCGUGUCUCGCGAGCGACCCGACGUGCUCCUCCUACUCGGUCCCUUCGUCGAUUCGCAACAUCCUUCUAUCACGUCCGGUGCGGUCACACAGACUCCGAAUGAGAUCUUCCGUAGUCAAGUCUCUCGUCGUUUGCAGGAUGUGUUGGAUACAUCUCCUGGUACAGUAAUCAUCCUCGUUCCUAGUGUACGAGAUGUCGUUUCCCAUCACUCUGCUUUCCCACAAUCAAUGCUGGAUAAAGAAGCCCUUGGUCUGCCCAAAAAAGUCAAAGUACUACCCAAUCCCUGCACCUUCUCGAUCAAUGAAGUGAUCGUCGCUCUCUCGAGCGUGGAUAUCUUAUUUCAUCUGCGGCGGGAGGAACUAUAUCAGAAGGCCGAAGAAGCUGAACCAGAUCCAGAACUGAAGGGAGCCGAAGUCAAGGAUGCCAUGGCAAACCUAUUGCGACAUGUUUUGGGGCAGCGGAGCUUCUACCCGAUUUUUCCGCCUCCAGAGUCGACUGCUUCUGAGGUGAACCUAGAUGUAACUCACUACCCAUUACUAAAAAUGGAUGGUCCGGCUCCUGAUAUUCUCAUUCUGCCCAGCAAGCUCAAGCACUUUUCAAAGAUCGUCGACUCAACAUUAGUCAUCAAUCCUGCUCACCUCGCCCGAGCACAUACCGCAGGCACGUUCGCCAAAGUGGCCAUUCAUCCUGUGUCAAAACCAGAACUUGAGAACGCGAUAUCAAUUGGAGGCGAAUUAGAUGAAUUCCGAGAUCAUCAGGUGUGGGACCGCGCUCGAUCGGAGAUAUGGAGGAUCUAA